CGGGUGGAAAAAACAGCAGAGACCCUGAGUGAGAUUACCAGCGACAUCGUCUCAUGCCGUCGUUGUCCUCGUCUGGUGGGGCAUCGCGAGCACAUCGGCGAAACGAAGCGCGCAUCCUAUUCCAAUUGGGAAUAUUGGGCCAAGCCCGUUCCCAGCUUCGGUGACCCGGCUGCGCCUCUGAUGGUGCUGGGGCUUGCCCCGGCGGCCCACGGGGGCAACCGGACCGGGCGGGUCUUUACAGGAGACGCCUCGGCCACAUUCUUGAUCAAGGCAAUGUACGAGGCCGGCCUGGCCAACCAGCCGAUCUCGGAACACAGGGACGACGGGCUGGAAUACACGGGAGCGUACGUCUGCGCCGCAGUGCGCUGUGUGCCCCCGCAGGAUCGUCCCACGCCGGAGGAGCAGCGGACCUGCCUCCCUUACCUGGCGCGGGAAAUGCGAUCGCUGCCCAACCUACGAGUGGUGCUGGCCCUGGGCCAGAUUGCUUUCCAGGCAGCCCUGAAGGCCAUGGCGGAACUGGGGGCCAAACGCCCGAGGGCAAAGUUCGGGCACGGCGCUGUAUAUCACCUGGUGGGUUGCUACCAUCCCAGUCCACGCAACACUAACACCGGGCGACUCAAGAUGGAGCAAUUGGUGGAAACGCUGAAAAUGGCAAAGAGCCUGGGGGAGGAAGGAGUGGUGAUGGGGGGAACUGGUAGGGCGUAG